GAAUGUAUUUAUAAAUAUUUACAAAAUUCCUGAGGGCUUGUUGCUAUCCUCAGGAGCCCUGGAAGCUCUGAGCAGGGUGGUAGGUGAAGCGUCUGGCUUGGCUUGCUUCUCCGUCAUAGGAAGCAUUCAGUCAGCAUUUGUGAACACCAGGUGCAACAUGUCUAGCAGCCCUGCUCAUACUGAGGUCUGUCCACCGUGGGCCGUUUCCACCUACGUGACUCGGAAGAAUGUCUCUGUGGUUGCGCUCAGGGCCGUUGCUCCUGAGUUUGAGUUUUAGCUCUGCCAUUUCCCAGCUGCCCCAUUUCUUGGGUGGGGAAAGGAGGGAUUUCAUGCCUUUUGCACAGGGUCUGUGGAGGUAACACGGGAGGUAACCUUCAGCUCACACCUCCUGGGAGCCCGUCAGAGCUCCCCAGCAGCACCCACAGGAAAGGACAUACAAGGGUGAGCCCUUGUUUAGCUCUCUGAUCUAUCCUGAAUUAAUUUGUGUAUGGUGUGAGAUAGGGGUUGAGUUUUGUUAUUUUGUUUUUUCCUUUUCCCAGCACCAUUUAUUGAAAAGACUCCUUUCCCCCAGUUCGUAGUUUCCUUAGAAUUUUGUAUACACACAGUCAUGCUGUUUGUCAAACAAGGCAGCCUUUUCUUUUUCCAUAUUUAUGUCUUGUCUUUUUUUUUCCUCAUUUGCACUGGCUAAGACAUCCAGUACAAUACUAAGCAGAAGCAGUGAGAAUAAACAUUCUUGCCUUGUUCUUGAUCUUCAGCUGAAAAUGUUCAGUCUUUCAGCUACGUGUUUGAUGUUAGUUACAGAUUUUUCUGUAGGUGCCCUUUAUCUGUGGAGGAUGUUCCCUUCUAUUCCUAGUUUGCUGAGACUAUAUUAUACAUGGGUGCCGAAUUAGUUUGAUGAGACUUUAUAUUAUACAUGGGUGUCGAAUUAGUUUGCUGAGACUAUAUUAUACAUGGGUGUUGGAUUAGUUUUCUGAGACUAUAUUAUACUUGGGUGUCAGAUUAGUUUUCUGAGACUCUAUAUUAUACAUGGGUGUUGGAUUAGUUUGCUGAGACUCUAUAUUAUACAUGGGUGUUGGAUUAGUUUUUUGAGACUCUGCAUUAUAAAUCGGUAUUCAGUUUAGCCAUGUGCUUUUUCUGUAUCUAAUUGAGAUGAUCAUAUAAUUUUUUUCCCCCUGUAUUCUGUUGAUGUGGUGAAUUACAUUGACUGAUUUUCAAAUGUUAGCUAAGCUUAAAUUCCUGGAAUGAACCUCUUCUGGAUAUGAUGUAUUAUCCUUUUUAUUUAUUAUAAGCCACCACGUGUUUGUUGGUUUGUUGUACUAUGGUAGCUUGUGUGUUGCUGUGAAACUUGAAGCUAUACUGCUAGUAUUUCAUAUACUAGCAGGGUCACCCGUGGUGGACAGGUUUCAGUGGAGCUUCUAGACUAGGACUAGGAAGAAGGACCCGGCAGCCUACUUCUGAAACAGUUGGCCUGUGAAAACCUUACGAAUAGAAGCGGAACAUUGUCUGAUAUAGUGCUGGAAGAUGAGCCCCUCAGGUUGGAAGGCACUCAAAAGAUGACUGGGGAAGAGCUGUCUCCUCAGAGUAGAGUAGACCUUAAUGGCAUGGAUGGAGUCAAGCUUUCAUUUGCCAACGUGGAACAACUCACAGUGAGAAGAAACAGCUCUAAACUAUAAUCGGAACAUGGAAUGUAGGAAAUAUGAAUCUAGGAAAAUUGGAAGUUGUCAAAAUGAAAUGGAAUGCAUAAAGAUCAAUAUCCUAGGUAUCAGUGAGUUGAAAUGGAUUGGUAUUGGCUGUUUGAAUCAGACAAUCAUAUGAUCUACUAUGCUGGGAAUGACAAAUUGAAGAGAAACGGUGUCGUAUUCAUUGUCAAAAAGAACAUUUCAAGAUCUAUCCUGAAGUACGGUGCUGUCAGUGAUAGGAUAAUAUCUGUAAGCCUACAAGGAAGACCAUUUAAUAUGAUUAUUAUUCAAAUUUACACACCAACCACUAAGGCCAAAGAUGAAGAAAUUGAAGAUUUUCACCAACUUCUGCAGUCUGAAAUUGAUCAAACAUGUGCAGUCAAGAUGCAGAGAUAAUUGCUGGAGAUUGGAAUGCGAAAGUAGGAAACAAAGAAGGAUCUGUAUUUGGGAGAUAUGGCCAUGGUGAUAGAAACUACAUGCAUGAUAGAAUUUUGCAAGACCAACUGCUUAUUCAUUUCAAAUGUCUUUAUUCAGCAAUGUAAACAGCAACUGUACAUGUGAACCUCACCAGAUGGAAAACACAGGAAUCAAAUCAGCUACAGCUCUGGAAAGAGACAGUGGAAAAACUCAGUAUCAUCCGUCAGAACAAAGCCAGGGGCCACCUGCAGAACAGAGCAUCAUUUGCUCAAGUCCACGAGGACCAAAAUACGACCUUAAGUUUAUCCCAUCUGAAUUUGGAGACCAUCUCAAGGGUAGAUUUGUUGCACUGAACACUGAUGACUGAAGACCUGACAAGUUGUGGAAUGAUAUCAGGGACAUCAUUCAUAUAGAAAGCAAGAGGUCAUUAAAAAGAAAGGAUAGACCAAAAUGGAUGUCAGAAGAGACUCUGAAAGUUGUUCCUGAAUGUCAAGUAGUGAAAAUGAAAGGAAGAAAUGAUGAAGUAAAAGAGCUGAACAGAAGAUUUCAAAGAGCUACUUGAGAAGACGAAGUAUUAUAAUGAAAUGUGCAAAGAACGGGAGUUAGAAAACCAAAAGGGAAGAACACACUAGGCAUUUCUCAAGCUGAAAGAACUGAAGAAAAAUUCAAACCUCAAGUUGCAAUACUGAAGGAUUCUGUGGGCAAAAUAUUGAACAAUGCAGGAAGCAUCAAAAGAAGAUGGAAGAAAUACACAGAGUCACUGUACCAAAAAGAAUUGAUUAAUGUUCAGCCAUUUCAGGAGUUAGCGUAUGAUCAAGAAUUGAUGGUAUUGAAGGAAGAAGUCCAAACUGCACUGAAGGCACUGGCACAAAAAGAAGGCUCCAGGAAUUGACAGGAUCCCAACUGAGAUGUUUCAACAAACCAAUGCAGUGCCAGAGGUGCUCACUCGCCUAUGCCUGGAGAUUUGGAAGACAUCUGCCUGGCCAACCGACUGGAAAAGAUCCAUAUUUGUGCCCGUUCCAAAGAAAUGUGAUCCAACAGAAUGCAUAAAUUAUCGAACAUAUCAUUAUUAUCACAGGCAAGUAAAAUUUUGAUGAAAAUUAUUCAAAAGUGGUUGCAGCAGUACAUCGAUAGGGAACUGCCAAAAAUUCAAGCCAGAUUCAGAAGAGGACAUGGAAUGAGAGUUAUCAUUGCUGAUAGAUGGAUCUUGACUGAAAGCAGAGAAUACCAGAAGGAUGUUUACCUGUGUUUUAAUGACUGUGCAAAGAUAUUCGACCGUGUGGAUCAUAACAAAUUAUGGAUAACAUUGAGAAGAGUGGGAAUUCCAGAACACUUCAUUGUGCUCAUAAAGAACCUGUACAUAGACCAAGGGGCAGUUGUUUGGACAGAACAAGGUGAUACUGCAUGGCUUAAAGUUAGGAAUGGUGUGCGUCAGGGUUGUAUCCUUUCACCAUGCCUAUUCAAUCCGUAUGCUGAGCACAUAAGCUGAGAAGCUGGACUAUAUGAAGAAGAACAGGGCAUCAGGAUUGGAGGAAGACUCUUAACAGUCUGCAAUAUGCAGAUGACAUAACGUUGCUUGCGGAAAGCAAAGAGAACCUGAAGCACUUACUGAUGAAGAUCAAGGAAUACAACCUUUCAGUAUGGAUCACACGUCAACAUGAAUCAAAAAUCCUCACAACUGGACCAAUAAGCAACAUCAUGAUAAAUGGAGAAACAGUCGAAGUUGUCAAAUAUUUCAUUUUACUUGGAUCCACAAUCAAUGCCCAUGGAAACAACAGUCAAGAAAUCCAAUGGUUUAUUGCAUUGGAGACCUCUUUAAAGUACUGAAAAACAAAGAUGUCACUUUGAGGACUAAGGUGUGCCUGACCUAAGCUGUGAUGUGUUCAGUCACCUCAUAUGCAUGUGAAAGCUGGUCAGUGAAUAAGGAAGACUGAAGAAUUGAUGGCUUUGAAUUAUAGUAUUGGCGAAGGAUAUUGAAUAUACUGUGGACGGCCAGAAGAAUAAACAAGUCUGUCUUGGAAGAAGUACAGCCAGAGUGCUCCUUGGAAGUCAUGGUGGCAAGACUUCUAUCACGUACUUUGGACAUGUUAUCAGAAGGGACCAGUCCCCAGAGAAGGACUCAUGUUUGGUAAGGUAUAGGGUCAGCAAAAAAGAAGACCUUCAACAAGAUGGAUUGACACAGUAGCUGUAGUAAUGGCCUCAGAUACAGCAACGAGAUUGUGAGGAUGACGCAGGACUGGGCGGUAUUUUUUUCUGUUGUACAUGAGGUCGCUGUGAUGGGAACCGACUCUGACGGCACCUAACAGCAACAACAACAUAGAUUUGAAUUGCAAGUAUUUUGUUAUGGAUUUUUGCAUCUAUGUUCAUAAAGGAUGUUAGUCUAUAAAUUUUCUUUUUAGUUAGUAUCCCUGUCUUAUUUUGGCAUUAGGGCUCUGCUAGCCACCUGGAAUUAGUUGGAAAAUGCUUCUUUCUCUAUUUUCUGAAAGAAAUGUGUAAGGUUGGUACUUUAUCUUUCUUUUAUAUAUUUAAAAAAAGAAAAAGUUGCCUUCGAAUCGAUUCUGACUCAUAGCAACCCUAUAGGACAGACUAGAACUGCCCCAAAGGGUUUCCAAGGAGCAGCUGGUGGAUUCAAAUUGCUCACCUUUUGGUGAGCAGCCAAUCUCUUAACCACUGUGCCACCAGGGCUCCCGUUCUUAUGUAUCUGAUAGAAUUCACCUGUAAAGCUACCUGCAUGUGGCAUUUUCUUGUAGGAAGGUUUUUAAUUAUAAAUUCAGUUUAUUGGCAGAUAGGGGCUAUUCAUAUUUUCUCUUUAUUCUAAGAAGGUCAGCUUUGGUAACUUGUGUUUUUCAAAGAACUUGUCUACCUCAUCUAAAUUUUCUGUUGGCAUAUAGUUUUCGUUAUAGCCCUGUGUUAUCCUCUCAAUGUCUGUAGGAUCUUAGUUUUGUGUCCCCUCUGUCAUCUCUGAUAUUGGUCAUUUUAUGUCUUUCCGUCUUCCCUGCCCAUCAGUCUAAUCUAGCUGUGGAAUUUGUCAAUUUUCCUGACCUUUUCAGAGCUAACUUUGUGAUGAAUUUUUCUUUAUUAUUUACCCAUUUCUAUUUCAUUGAUUUCCGUUUUUUAUUUUCUUCCUUCUACUUAAUUCAGGUUUGAUAUGCACCCCUUUUUUCUAGCGUUUUAAGAUGGAAGUAUAGCUCAUUGAUUUUAAAUCUUCUCUGACAAUAUAAACAUUUAUAGAUAUAAAUUUCCCUCUCUGAGCUUUGCUUUACCUGCAUCCCACAAAUUUUGAUAAGUUAUGUUUUUAUUUUCACCUUUUCUUUGCUUGGUUUCAUCUUUUGUUAAGGCUAUCCCAUAAAACUUUCAUUUCAGAUACUGUAUUUUUUAAGUUCUAGAAUUUUCUGUUCUUUUUUGUAGUUUCCAUGUCUUUUUUGAGGGUACUAAUCUUGUUGCUCAUUGUGGCCAUCUUUUCCUGGAAAUCCUUUCAUAUAUUUAUAGCAGUUGUUUUAAAGUCCUUGACAGUCACUUCCAGCAUCUCUGUCAUCUCUGGGUCUGUUUCUGUUGACUCUUAGAGUUUUGUGGGUUAUGGGUUACAUUUUUCUGCUUCUUCACACAUCAAGCUUGUUUUUUUUUUUUUUGGUAUGCCAGAUACUGUGGAGACCAUGUUGUUGAAAUUCUCAGUGUUGUUGUCCUCCUUUAAAGAGCACUGUUCGUUCUGGCAGAAGGUGGAUUUACUGUUGGUUCGGUGGGUUGGUUUAAGCUUUAGUGGGGCAGGUCUAGGGAAACCCUAGCUCUGGGGCUGCAGUAGCCCUACUCCCCCGGCAUGGCUUUUGUGGAGUGUUCCUGAAUGUCCCACGGCUCUCCGCCCUGACAGUUGGAGUGCCCAUGUCCUCUUGUCUUACGUAGCCUCCAGAAUUUCCCUUCAGCUCGCGGCUCCUGUGUAGCUCCUCUUUGCCAGGUUGUGUGGCAAUUCACUCUGCACAUGCUCAGCUCGGUGGCCGGCAUGAGUGAAUCCAUGGUCGUGUUGCAGGUUUUUUUUUCUGUGCAGCUCCAUCCUUUUGGGUACCUUGCCUGCACGCUUCUGCAGUCAGCAGCCCUGGGCGUCCACUUUGGCUUCCUCUGCUUAGGAAGACCACGGUGCUCUGGGUGCAUCUCCCCAUCCGGCACCGCGGUCUGGAAGGCCAGGGCAGUGCUGAUCGCUCAUACGCCCCCCUUAGGUCCCGCCCAGCGUCUGAGAGCAGUUGCUCAAGCCUUUUGGCCAGUUCAUAGGUGUAGAUGGUGGUUCUGUCGUGAGCUGAAGUGGAAAUCUCUUUGUUCCGUUUUUACCAAAGAAAGUUCCUCCUUUGUCACGUCUGUUUCUCCACUGAGCUUGUUGUGCUCCUUCGAGUCCAGACUUCGUUUCAAUAACAGUUUAUCUGUUAUAUCUUAUUCCAUUUUGUGUUCUUUUGCCUCUCUAUUCAAAGCUUUUCUUAAAUCACUUUAUUCCUGAGAUUUUUUAAUUCUUCUUUAUCAGGUUGGUUUUCACCUCUUUUAUGCACGUGUCUUUCUGGAGUUGUUGUCACUGGAGUGUUCUCUUUCUUCUCUUCUCUUGUAGUAACUCCUUAAGGGAUUCCGCCAUGCUUGCUCUCAAGUGAAGUGAGUUUCCCUGCACCCUUUGGAGGGAUGCUGGUUGGGGAUCACUGUGCUGACUUCGCAGCUCUGGAGUACCUCGGUUGUUUUCACAAAGCGAUGAAAAGAUAGGUGGCCCCUCCAUGCUUCUGACUGUUGGCAUGGGAGUUUACGGAUAAGCUGGGGGAGGAGACUGGAACCAUCUAUGUGGCAGUGAGACACUAGCCUGAUAUCGAUACAGACGAUUACAUAUGGAAAAUUUAUAAAUACGUGUAUAUCAUGGGGUUAGUGUACACACGUAUCACCUUGCCCUGUCAGCUGAGAGGACCUAGAAGCAGUGACACUCCAGUGGCAACGAGCACACCCAGCGCCCAGGUCUUGAUCUCUGCACUGUUCUCCAGUAAAGGAACCAGGGCACCUUGAAGAAAUAGCUGUACUGGGGGCUGGGGCAGGAAACUCACAAGAGGAGCCUGGAACCUCGUGAAAUGUGAGAAUGCAAGAAAGUGCAAAGAAAGAGACAGCGAAAGACAGACAGACAAACAGCAGACAGACAUAAAACCCCCAAACAAACCCCACAAUGAUGGGAUAUGUCAAAGGGACACAGGAGCCAGUUGAAAGAGCCCCCAGUGGCCAAAACUGGGACAAUUUGAUUAACAAAAUACAUGAUGUAGUACUGGGUUAUAACCCAAAGUAUAAAAUGAAUGUCUGAGAACCCAUACUGACAUAAACAAAUGUUUGAAUAAAUAAAUACUCAAGGGAGAAGAGACAAAUCUCCCCUGCAGAAGGAUCCCAGGUCAUUUAUAUGGAUAAUCCACCCUAAGGAGGGGGAGGGCAAGUCCUCAGUCCUCGAGUCUGGGCUGCACAGAGUGACUUCCAAAGAGGCCAGUGGAUAAGGGUGGGGGUAACUUUAUGGUGGAGAAGCCUGGCAGACACUCCCUCAGCCAGGUGAUCAAGGUGAGCACCCACAGUGAGGUUAUGUGGUUGGCCUGUGCCCUUCACAUGUGAUGAGAGGACAUUUACCUCUGGGGUCAUCCUCCAGCACACCCGUAACUUCAGUCUAACCGUGAGAAAAGGUUCAGACCAACCCUACUGCAGGCAGAGUCUGCAAGAUACCUGACCCCUUCUCAGCACAGUCAGGAGCAUCAAAAACAAGGAGAAUUCAAGCAGCCAUCCGAGCCCAGAGGAGCCGAAGGAGACACGACAACUAGAUGUGACGUGGUGUGCUGGGUGGGUCCCGAGAUCCGACUAGAUGUGACGUGGUGUGCUGGGUGGGUCCCGAGAUCCGACUAGAUGUGACGUGGUGUGCUGGGUGGGUCCCGAGAUCUGACUAGAUGUGACGUGGUGUGCUGGGUGGGUCCCGAGAUCCAACUAGAUGUGACGUGGUGUGCUGGGUGGGUCCCGAGAUCUGUGCUGCUGUCAGAAGAGCGGGGCAGGGCUUGCCGUGUCUCAGGGCACAGUGCCUGGUGCUGUUUUAGCUGCAGAGUAUUCUAAGAAUAGUGCUCAGUGGCUGUGUUGGUAGGGCCUUAUUUUAGCGUGAGAAAUCAUUUUCUGUAAACGUAACUCAGUGAUGAAGGAGGCCUCGCUACCUUCCUUGUUCCCUCGGCGUGCUUGCAUAGACAGGAUGGAGGCCCUGAUCUUAGAUGGCUGCUCUGUGGGCCCCACAGCCCUGCCCACGCCUGUGUGUUGUGGAGCACCUGGCAGGUCGGCUCUCCACCUGUUCGCACCCAAGGCCGUUGACUCCUGCCUGAGUCUCUUGGCACCUGUGUGGUGGGAGGGCUGAGCAGAGCCACCCGGGGUGGGUGUGCUCUUGUCAGAAGUGCUAGGCUGCAGCCCCAUCCUGGCUUACCCAACCUAUCUUACCCACUGGUCUCUGCCGGCUGGUGGCCACACACGUGUCCACCCAGGCCAGGCCCUCAGGACAGGAAGCUCCAGGGUGGACACCACCUUCCCGAUACCUGCAUCCCUUCUGGCCAGCGGUUAGCACCUUGUCUGGGCCCAGAGCCCUUUCCAAGCCUGGAUGGGUUCCUCUGACUUCAGAGAUCACGUAUUGAAUGUCGUGGGGUGUGAAAAGGUGUCCUGGGAAGCACCUACUUGGAAGUCAGGCCCAUUGUCUGUCUCCUGUGACUGCUUGCUCUGCGUGUGUGCACCUGUAAGAUGGACACCCUGCUGUGGGGGAUGAGCAGAGCACUUGGGGUGUUUUGUCGCCCCCUCCCCACCCCCUCUCACUUCUCUGCUGGUCAUUCUUGCCCACCGUGCUGCCGGGAUCUGGGUUCUAUGCCUGCAGCAUCAACAGGGGCAGCAGGCACACCCCCACGACAUAGAUGCAUGAGGCGCCUGGUCCAGUGGUGUCCGAUGGUGACUGGCACAUAGGGGAGCUCACCCCAGGUCAACAGCUCCUGCAAACAGUGGGGUCAGAGCUGGGCAGGAUGAGGGGCACUGUCCUGACUGUCGGUGCUUCCUGCUCCUGUGCGCUCAGCUGCAGAGAAGACCCCCUGCCACCCUCGAGAGCCGGUGUCCUGGGCUUGCACAAGAGCCUCACACAGACUUGAGUGCAUUGUCACUUCACCAUCGGCAUGGCUGGGCCCCCUGGAACCGCGAUGGACUUUGUGGUGGGUGUGAACUCUGGGAGGUGCAGGCCCUGAAGAAAGGCUGAGGGACUGAGUGCAGACAUAGUCGCCGGUUUCCCCGGGGCCUGCCUUGAGCAGUGCAUCCAUCUCCUCACCCACCAGCCUGUCCUCUUCACAGAGCUUCCCUGUCCUCGCUGGAGCCUGCAUCAGGGGCUGCUGUGCUCAGAGGGCCUUGGUGGGCUCAGCCAGCACCCUCCCGGUGCUGGCUGGCUAGGGCUUGCAGCCAGCUCUAUCCUCCCACCCACCUGGCCUGAAAGGCUGGCUGGGACACGCCCUUAUUUCAACAGCCCAGCCCUGCCUCCUGCUGAGGAAGGCACAGCUGUCCGUGUGCCCUCAGCCAGAGCCCCUCCCUCUGCCAUGUCCUCAUUGGCUGGGGGCAGAGGGAGGGGAUGGCCCAGCACUGGGGCCACUUGUCAGCUCCGCAGGGGGGGAGCCAGAGCGACUGGCUCCAGUGUCCCGUCCCCCACUCCCAGCCCCACAGUCUCCUGACCAUGCUUGGCGACCACGGGACUCUGCCUGCAGACCGAGGUCUGUACAGCCCUGCCCCCAAAACAGGACUCAGCUGCAAAAUGGUCCUCCGGGCCGUCGGCAAAGUUCUCAGGAAGUCCAAAACCAAGCCGAAUGGGAAGAAGCCGGCGCCAGAGGAGAAGAAGAUCUACCUGGAGCCAGAGUACACCAAGUCCAGAAUCACCGACUUUGAGUUCAAGGAGCUGGUGAUGCUGCCCCGGGAGAUCGACCUCAAUGAGUGGCUGGCCAGCAACACCACCACGUUCUUCCAUCACAUCAACCUGCAGUACAGCACAAUCUCGGAGUUUUGCACGGGAGAGACAUGCCAGACCAUGGCUGCCUGCAACACACAGUACUACUGGUACGAUGAGCGGGGCAAGAAGGUCAAGUGCACGGCCCCACAGUACGUGGACUUUGUCAUGAGCUCUGUUCAGAAGCUGGUCACGGAUGAGGACGUCUUCCCCACCAAGUAUGGCCGGGACUUCCCGCCGUCCUUCGAGGCGCUGGUGAAGAAGGUCUGCAGGUACCUGUUCCACGUGCUGGCACACAUCUACUCGUCACACUUCAAGGAGACGCUGGCCCUCGAGCUGCACGGCCACUUGAACACUCUCUACGUCCACUUCAUCCUCUUCGUCCGGGAGUUCAACCUGGUCGACUCCAAAGAGACCGCCGUCAUGGACGACCUCACGGGUGUCCUGUGCAGCAGUGCCUGUGCCGGUGGGGGCGGCGGCAAUGGGGCCAGCGGGGGCGGGGCUGGCGGAGCACAGAACCACGUGAAGGAGAGAUGAGCCCGAGGGCGGGAUGGACACGCACACGGGGGAGGAAGGAGCGGCGUCGCAGGGCCUCGUGUGCGUCUGCGUGUGCGUGUGCACAGGGCUGGGCACGCCAAGCCGCCCUGGACUCGAGGGUGCCCAGGCGUGCCGGGCGGGAUGAGCAGAUGCUGCUGGGUGCGUGGUGGAACCUGCUGUCCCUCUUCGGCGCCUGGUGGACGAUGGCAUCACGUGUGCAGGGACCCACGUGUGAGUGCACGCUCGCUCAGCACGCGUUUCUGGACUGGUGUUGGGGUCCCUCCUGUGGGGUCCCUUCUUUGGUCUUCCGUGCAGCCCCCCUCCCUGGCAGCUCUGCCAUUUUUAAAGAAAUACAGACACAGGAAACGACCCUCCCCCCUUGAAAGGCUUCCUUUGUAGACUCUGGGUUUGGUUUGGUUUUGGGGGUGGGGCUUAUUUUUACAGAGAGAUUCCCCCCCUUCCUGCCCCGCCUGGAUGGUGGCUGUUGGUGGCCCAGAGUGGGUGGGGCAAGUGGAGGUGGAACAAGGCCCCAAGUGACCCCAUAGGGGUCCCAGCUGUCGCUUCUGUCCCCUUUCCUGCUUCCCAGAUGCCCAGGGAGGAGUCCUGAGACCAGUGGGGUCAGGAGCUGCCGCUUCCCGGGUGGGCCACGCGGGAGGGCUGAGCAGCCCAUAGAGGAGACGCUGCCGCCACUGCUGUCGCGCAGAGCCUCCGCUUCUUAGUUUGUCUGUCGAGUCAAAUAAAACACAUUCUCUCAGG